CUCGCUUUCCGAGAGCUCCAAACAGGCUGCAACCAUCUUGACUUGGACUCAACCACUGCACUGUCGCCUGAGGCUGCCCAGUGUAGUCCUCCACGACGGCCGUCCAUAGAGCAAGGAAGCUCUGCCCUUCGUGCGUGAGAGCUUUCGAUGGUUAUGUGUGUGCAGAGCCACGAUUCUGCCUGCGACGAUCCGUGAGGCCUCCCCUCUCCCUCCGCCGCCAUGUUUCCUCGGACGCCUCUUCAGGCGCGUCGCCCCCACCUGGGCUGACCCCGCCAGGACUUCUCCGCGGUUUGCGGGGCUCUGGGGGGCGCGCGCAGCCAGCAUCCGCGGCGCUCUCCGUGCUCUUGGGGACUCCCGGGCGCCGCCCACCGUCGUGUGACUCCGGCUAAGCGUCAGGGAGCUGAGCCCGAUCCCACACGCUAGGAUAAAAUAGCGAACGAAAACGGGGCCGAAGUGGAGUACAGCGAUGUAUCAUCAUCCCUUCUCUGUCCCCUCGGGCGCGACUGAGUCUGACCACGUUCUCGGCCCCUUCGAAAACCUCGUCCAAAAAAGCUUAGUCUCAGCGUCCCUGGUCCCUAGUCCCCAGCUUCAGCCACCCACCCCAUCUGACACUGGUGUGAAGAGAAGGGAGUGCAUCCUGAGACCUGGACUUGUAGAUGGUGAAAAUGGAAUGAAUAAAUGGAAGAAGCUGUAAGCAAUGAAGGCAACCCAAACAAAAGAGUCUUCUCAGGACAGUGUUUAUCAACGUUUUAACUACAACCCACAGUAAGAAAUAAGUUUUUAUUAUGACUUAGUACACUUAGGCGGAUAUACAUUUUAUAAAAUAAGAGAUGCCCUCUAAGGUUUUCGAUAUUUUUUCCCUUCCCUUUUUUUUUUUUUUUUUUUGUCUUUCUGUCUUCCUUUUGGGGAUCCACCAAAUUGACCCAAAGUUUAUUCAAAUCCCUUUUAUCAUGAGAUCCCUUAUUGAGAACCUACGACAAGAGAUUCACAGAAAGGCCUUUGAGAGCCUAGCCUGGCUUACACAGAGCACCCUCAGAACCUCCUGGGGGUUCCAAGGCUUUGGAGGAUUCUACCUCCCAGGCCCCAGUGUCAGGGUUAAGUCACUGAGGCAUUGUGGAUCCACACAGUAUUUACCCCUGUGGCCUAACUCAGCUGUUAUCCUACCACGCUCCUGUAUUUUCCAGCUUGUUGGUGGGUGGGUGGGGGGAUGUUCUUUUAGCCUCAGGAAGCUUUAUGGCAUCUCAGAAAUCCUGACUGCCCCAGAACAGGACAGUUGUGAGGGACUUAUUGCAAACGCCACAAGAAGUGAGUGUCCACAGACUCAGCUUGCCCCAGAAAGAGUAAGGCACCAUUGUUUAUUCAAUCCAAGUCCAUUUGGCUCCAGGGCUCCAUUCCCAGUAGCCCAGCUCAGUCUCCAUCCUCGGGGCUUUUGGCACUUGCCUUUCCCACCUGCUCCCACAUCCUUGAGCCCUAGGCUGCCAGCCUGCUGGCCCGCACACCAUGUCUGCUGGCAUGGUAAAGCAGAGCCUAGGGGCCGGACGAAGGAAGGUGUAGACUCCCACCUGCGUCUCCAAGCAGAGGCAGCUCAGAGCCCUCCCAGGCUCCCAGGUAUUUGCUGGGCUCCCAUCCAAACCCCAGCAGACAAUGAUGAGUCUUCAAGCCCCAACCCCAACCAUAGAGACCAACAGAAUAAACUAGGGGCUCAGGGUCCUUUCCCAUCUACAAGGACCCUUAGCUUUUUAGUUUUGCAGCAACUACAAUCACUCUAGGAGGAGGCGAAGUGACCCUGUCCCCUAGCCCUUGGGGAUUUCCUAUUUUGCUCCUCUAGGGAGGAGGAUCUUGUGGGAGAGCCUGGUGAGGGAGGCAAAUGGAGAGGCUCUGUGUUGUGGGAGUAGGUAUCCCGGGAGCAGGUGAGAGUACCAUUAAUGUCACAUUGCUGAGAGUGCCGUUAGUGUCACAUCGCUCCUGGAGAGGUCAGUCGGGAAAGGCUAUUUUCACAAGAAGCUCUCUUGCCCCAGAGGAGAGUCACCACAGAAGGCAAUUAUGCAAUGAUCUCCUUUUCUUCAUACCAGUGAACAGAAGCCUCGCAAGCCUCAUCCUAGGCCUGCCUGCUUCCUUCUCCAGAAGAGCAGGAAGGACAUUCCGUAAGCAGCCCAGGAAUGCAUUAAACAACUCUUCCCUGGGGCCUCAACUCCAGAAAUAUGUGGCUGUUGACAGCUCUUCCCCUUGCCUUUGGCCUCUGGCCUGAGCAUGUGGAACAAACACCGCCGAGUGUGGAUGCCCCUCUCUUUGCAUUUGCCUAAUUGUCCUAUGUCUUUAAAGAUGUCACCAUCAUUUAGAUUGGUGUUUCUGGUGUCUAUCUCCACUUCCAAGAGGGUUUACCCCAGACUAAAUUACAGCGGUGUUGUGUUGCUUUGUAUUAUCCACAUGUUUUACAGCCAAGACCUGGUCUCUAAACAUUUUGAUUGAUUGUAAAAUCUUAUUGGCAAAAAAAAUUAGUCAUCCCCAUACAUGUAUAUGACUCUAAGGUCUAGCAUUAGCUCACAUUUCAAGUCAAACUACACAGUUAAGGUGUGAAUCACCGCCAACAUUAAUAAAUGUGAAUUCACAUUUCAAAUGAUGUUCUUAA